AAAAUCUUACUCCAUUCGUUCAUGAAUUUAAAAUGCUCGUUCUCCGGGAUUUCCCGCAGUAUCAAAUGUUUCGCGAUGUGCAACUUUUACGGUAUUUAUGACGAAGAAUGUAUCAUAUGCGAACAUGGAGGCUUAUCAGAAUCCGAAUAAUUUGCCAUUGGAGGAUCUAAAAUUGUCCGUCAGGACGGAUGGUGUUACUGAAAGUAUUGAUGCUCUGAGUAAAUAUUGGGCAAGCGAUUAUAUCUUCUUACACUAUGAAACACCUCAACUGUAUGACGAGGAUGGGAAUGAAAUUAUGGGAGCAAAAGAACAUUGGAUGGAAGUCGUCAAUAACAUGAUCGAAGACAUGAAAUGGUUACUCUGUCUCCCAUAUUAUAAAUUCUGGUCGAACGUCAUAUUCAAUAACUCGAUACUAAACGCAUUAGUAUCUUUCCUACAAGAUGCUCCACCAUUCUACACGAUAGAAAAUUUUUCAAACUAUCCAGACAUGCUGGAGCUCUUAGAGACGCUGAGUCAUUAUGUACUCGUGGUUUUCACAAGACUUAUUACGAAUAAGGAAAGCAAGAUUGAGUAUAUGAGCAAUGCUUAUUUUGGAACUUUAUUGUACGAAAAUUACGUAUUCACAAUACCAAUCAUCUUCGAUCUCUGCCAGCUUUACGGUCGGGAAAAUGAGAAAGUCGUCAGGCACAUACUCAGAGAUUUAUUUACGUUAGAACCGCGGUACAACGAUGAUCUCAAGAGAGCUGUUCCUUGUCUUAUAGAGGCUUAUGAAAACGUUGAACAGAAGUUCAACAAUGAUCCUACCCAUUGUACUAACGAAGCAGUUUCGUUAUCGAAUCGUCCAAAUAAUGCCAACGAACUUACAUUAUUUAAGUUGGAAGACAUGAUACUGUAUGUAUUAGAUAUAUCGUCGACGAUUAAUGCGUUUUUGAAAAACCAUGUUCUUGCAAUUAAUAUAUUUCACAGAGAAGAGUUUAUGAACAAACUUGUUAAAGUAUACGAAAGCACAAUUCCAGAGAUGUAUAGAGCAUUAUGUCAGUUAGCAUACAACGAUGAAAAUAUGCCAAAAUACAUGGAGUUGAAACAUCGUUUGAACGUAACAAGAAUUGAAAUUCUAUCUUUAUUCCGGGCUAUUAUAUACGAACCGAUCUUGAAUCUUCAGGCAAAUUUAACUACGAUAGAAGAGACAGCGAUAAAGAAGGAGAUCGAUGAUUACCUUAAUUUAUUGUCCAAUGCAAUUUCUGAAAAAGAAUUUAUUACAGAUUACGAUCAAUUCUAUCCUGUUAAAACAGACUUAAAUACGAUAUCGAAUCUUUGUCCUGAAAUUGAUACGAUAAAACGUGAUUACAUAUUGCAAUCACUCGACACAAUUGGGAAAUGCAGUGACAAUCGGCUUAGUAUUAUUUCUAACAACAUAAAUGAAGCCGGACCGAGUGGUGUUUUAAGUCGGACAACGAUACCCAAAGCCGAUACGAAACCUACUAAGAAACAGAACGAAGAUAAAUCCGUUGAAAUAGCUUGUCUCGUAUCUGCAGUUAAAGACAUUUUUUAUGACUUGGAUGAACAUUUUAUCAAACUAUGCUUGGAUCAUUACAAGAACGAUACGGAAGCUGUGAUAAACGCCGCGUUAGAAGACAAUUUGCCGCUUGAAUUAAAGAAAAUUAGAGAUUCUCAAAACGUUCCACAAGAGAUCUUCGUAAACGAGGAUUUAGCUCGCGGUUUUGAGACAUUGAACGUGAACGAUAAUUACAAUUACGAGAACGAUGUUCACGUUAAAACUGAAAAGAUCAUAGAAAUACCCAAAGACUACAUAACUAAAAAUUACAGUCUGAUCGCAGAUGUUUACGAUGACGAGUAUGACGAUACAUACGACGAUCGUGAUACGAAUGCGCAAGAUGAUUCUAUUGAAGUAGAUUCCAGACCAUUUACUACACCAAGAGUCUUCUGGAAGAAGCAGAAAGUUGAAACUGCGGAGAACUCUGAUUCAGAGGACGAAGAGAUAAAGGGCGAGGCGAAUGGAAAAGAUCAGUUUGUACAGAAUCCGGAAGAAGUACGUGCCAAAGCAGAACAACGAAGGCAAGCGAUGCGAGGCAAUAAACCGAACGUAAUCGGCGCACCCAAAGGUCGAGGGCAAGAAAAGGAUGUUCUGUACAACAGGCAACAGAAGAAUACCCAGAAGUCGAAACGUGCAAAUCAUAAUCGCCGCACUGGUGCCCAAUGGAAACGAAAUCAAGGAAUGGUUCCAUCCUAAGUUUAUGUAUGCUUUUUUAAUAUCAAUGUAAAUACUGCCAUGUGAUAAAUACAUUCGUACCUACGUUAACUUCUCAA